AUGGAUUUGGUGGAAGAAAUCGAUGUAUACGUAAACAAUAUCACUUGGCAGCAAUUACUCAACAAUAAUCAAAUAACCAAACACCUUAAUACAUAUGACUUAUCGCAAUUAGUAUCUCGCGUCUUCUCUAAUGUCAUUCUGUUGCAAUUUCCAAUGGAAAGAUUCGAACAUGACAUUAGUAACAAUCUGGCUGUUGAAGUAUUUUCUGAAGAGCCCUCAGAACUAACAUUUUUUAAGUCAAAUGACACAACUCAACAACUAAAUAUUAGACUGAGAGAUGAUUCUAUGAUUUUCCCGCACAAAAAUGAUCCAUCCUUACCUUAUCAGGGCUGGGUAGAGUCAAAAAAUGUUACCUGUAGCCAUAUAUCUGAUUGUAUAGGUGUAUUUACUAAUACACAUGAAAAUCCCGCUAAAAGGGCACUAGUACUAACGCCCAUUUCCUCUGUGCUACAACUACGACCAUCGUUUAAUCUACAUAAUAAGCCUGAUAGUUGGAAGAGGAAGAGAGUAUGCCAACCGGAAUCUCCAGAGGCGAAUGAAAUACUCAAAUUAUUAAAGAUUUCUCAAUCGGAUACACUAUACUUUCGAAAUUGUUUCAAGGAUUAUUUGGAUGUUAUAACUAAAAAACCUGGCAAAUCAUUCCCUUACAACUCAUUGUGUAUAUCGAAAUUGACUCUUAGUAACCAAUUAUUCCUGUUGUUUAGUGAGUUUGAAAUUGUCUCUAAUGAGUUAAUUUCCCAAUACUUGACAUUAGAUCCAUAUAAUCCAGCAAAUACAAAUGCAAUCGAUGAGCUGCUGGAAAUUGCUGAUCUGAUUGAUGGAAAUUGGGUCUUAAAAUCUAAAUUUUGCUUUACACAGCUUGAAGAUCACCAGGCACAUUAUCUCCGUCUAUGCAGAGACCUGUUGUUAUCAUUGCUCUACCGUCAAUCACAACAGAUAUCAAAAUCUGCAGCCGGUGGAUUAACCAUUGAACCUUUUCAAAAGGCAACGGGGCUUCCAAUUGAGUUUGUCCAGUAUCUUGUUAAAAGGGUAGCUAUUCAAAUAUCUUCCUGUUGGUAUCUACCAUACCCCCGUGAUAAUAAAUUCAUCAAACUAAAUCAGGGGCUAGCUGUAAAAUUUCAGAUGUACUGGACUAACCGUCUUUCAGAAUCUGCCAUAGAGAUACAGAAAUUGAAUCAAAAUGAAUUCAACCUUGAUGAUACUUGCUGUGCCAUAAUAUGUUACCUUGAGCAUUCCGCCCCAAAGAAUAUGGAAGAAAUUGUUAAUAUGCUAAGAAAUCGCGGUUCAUAUAUGCUAAACAUACAGCAUGACAAGGAGACGUGGCUCGAAUCAGUUAAAAAUGUGGCAAUUAAUCUAGGCAAUGAUUGCUGGUUUUUACGACAUAACAAAUUAAAUAAUUUCAUUGCAUCCCGUGAACCGCUACUAAGAUUCAUAGCUUCUUGUAAUGAUAGCAAGAAAACAUUCACCAAGGAGGAGCUUGAAAAGGUUACAGGAGUUCUCCCUAAUAUUGUGUUUAGGAGAAUAGUUUCAGAAUUUAUGAGUUACUCGGGCACUUUUUAUCACCUAAAACCCGGUACCACAGUUGUGAAAUUGGAAAUUGAAUAA